GUUUGGCGCAGUGAGCUCUAUAGAGAGACCGGACAUUGUGAAAGGAGUGCUGGAGAAAUAUCGGGCAAUAAAAGCUGUAUUUGACCACGGGUAGCGUAGCUUUCGCAGAGGAAGACUUCGGAAUUGCCGGGUGCGGAAAAACAUGGGCUUAAAUAUACCGUGUAGAAAGAAGAGGGGGUUGAUGUCGUCUGCGGUAUACUACUACACUGAGGGGUCAAAAUCCCAUAUUUCGCCCCGACAAAAUACGGCAAAAACCUCGCCCAGUGCCGUCGAACUAGCUUCAUUCCCGGGCCGAUUUGUAAUUGAGUCCUCGAUGUUUGCACCGUUUGGAGAUCUCGGCACGCGCGUUGGUAGCUUGAUCCAGAACAAGAAAAAAAUCCAGCCGAAAUUUCGCAUCUCGCUCAACACCUUUUUCUCGACAUAUUUCCUUAUAUCCUACGACCGUAUCAAGCUUGCACUUGGGCUCGUCUAUCUUUCGCCGUCCCUCACCCCGGCUACUGCCGCUCCAAUUCCUCCUAACCCUUUCUCUCUUACCUGUUUAGCCAUGGUGGAAAUGGAAACAGAUCCCGACCUGGAUGUCCAACCUGACUCCCAUAUCGAUCAGGCCGUCUCCAUCGAUUACUGGAAUUCAGUUCCAGCCACCGCCAAUGGAAUGCUUGGCGGCUACCCGCAAAUCUCCUCCAUUGACCUUCGCGGGUCAUCUACCUUUCUAGCAAAAGUUCGUCGAUUAAUUCCAUCCAGCGGCUCGGGGGAGCUUGCGCUGGGCGUCGAUUGCGGGGCUGGCAUCGGUAGGGUCACUGAGGGCUUCCUAAGCAGAGUGUGCGGAACCGUGGACAUCGUGGAGCCGGUUGAGAAGUUCGUUGACGUCAUUAAACGCGGGAAGCUUUACCAGGAAGGGAAAAUUGGCGACAUUUAUAUCACUGGCAUUCAGGAUUGGACGCCUACCAAGCGCUAUGACUUAAUCUGGACCCAGUGGUGCGCGAAUCAUCUUACGGAUGCGCAGUUGGUGGAAUAUCUCGUCCGGUGCAAAGGUGCGCUCUCUGAAAAGGGGUUGCUGGUUCUCAAGGAAAAUCUCAACUCGGACACUGCAAAUGACUACUAUGAUGCUGUGGAUAGCACGGUUACUAGAACUGAAAGUAAAUUUAAAAAGUUGUUUGCGGAGGCUGGGCUUAAAGUGCUGAGGUCAGAGGAACAAAGUGGGAUGCCUCAACGGCUGCAGUUGUUGCCGAUUAGACUCUGGGCUUUGCGCCCAACAACUUGAAAGAUAUCCAAUAUGUGGCCCGUGCUGUAUAAAGAGAAUUCGUGAUUCCGCAGCUACAGGCAUCAGCCUACGGUGCCAGAAGGCUGGUGGUUCUCCUCGUACAUAUCCUGAAAUAUACAAACCUGAGCCAGGAGGCUAGGGGCCAAAACGUUUAACAGAUUGAGGUCUUAAAAUUGCAAAUAAGGCCUUUGCUGGGCAAUCGGGGUGAUAAAUAUAUGGGCUGAUCUUACGAUAGUUGGAUAAUGAGUUUCCGUAACAAAUGGAACGGAUUCACCAAGACAAACUUAGAAAGUAUUAUACCGCAGUUUAUGCCAAGUACAUAUGACAAAUUCCGAAACGUUAGGAGCCAGCCUCCCGAGUCAAACAGAAAGUCGAUUGAAAUUUCCCCCUCACUCCUCUCCAGCCAAACCCAUGAUGAAUUUCCACUCCUUACCAUUCACGGCAGACACGCUUAACCGCGAUUGCUUCAUCAUCUGCAUAUUCUCUAACGGUCCGCCUGGUUUCGCAAACGACUUCAGCUCAGCCAGUGUGAUAAGAUCCCUGAAUUUUCGCCUGAACUCCACGUGAACAAGUUCCCAUUUAGGAUUCUCGCGGUUCGACUUUGGAUCGUAAUAUGGGUGUGCGGGGUCGAAUGCCGAUUCUUUUACAAGUCGUAAGCGGGAAGAAAAAAUGAAUUAGUCGCGGCAUUUUCAGGUAUAAUGUGCAGCUUCUAUGCUGCGUAUACGUACCGUCGACAGAAUGUUCCCGGACAAUUUCCAUGAUUCCAGCUAUUCCAGGAACCUUGCAGUUUGAAUGAUAAAAGAAUGCCAAAUCUCCUUUCUUCAUGGCGCGCAUGUUAUUUCGCGCUAUUGGGUUGUUCCUUUUUUAGUCUUCUCAAUUGUGAAUAAUAUGAUGAUGCUAGAUAUAAAAUGUCAAGGCAUGCAUACCAGUUGGGUUUCGUACGCCUUUUAUAAAACAUUUCAUCAGCAUAUAACCCAACAAUCACCGACAUACCCAGGAAAUGUUGGUUUUUGGGGGGACGCGGGAUAUAAUAAUGAGGAUCUUACCGUCCCAAGGCUCUGGCUCACUCGCCCCUCGCAAAUCAUCGAUAGAGAACCUGACAUCGAUGCCCUUCUCUAUCCUUGAUUCCGGUUCUGCUUUCAUCAGCCAGUAGGAUUUCGUGUCGUCUGCUUCAUCCUGGGUCUCAUCUACUGUGUUUUUGUUUUUUGGUUCGGUCUCUAUGCCGUUCAAUGAUACAACAGCUCCAGAUCCAUGUUGUUUUGCCUUUGUUGUAGCUGAUUGCACACAUUUAUUAGCUUUUUGUUUGGUACCUGGAGCAGAUGAAGUUACGGAGUCUGCUGUUAUUCCGGAUGGGGGUUUAGGUCGUUAGUUUAUAUGAUAAUAUUUUCAUUCCCAAUGGAUAAAUAGGAAUAUAAGAAGCGUCAGGAGACACCACGAAGCAAAUCUUUUUGACUAGAGCAUAAAUAAGAAGAAGGUUUUGACUGCCUUUUGAGGGAGAGCCACCUGGGCAAGAAAUCGGCAACCCCCGAAACGGGUAACGGAAGGAUAGGACCUCGAAAUGAAAAUGGAGACUCUAAGAGAAGAUAAAAACGAAAUGAUCUAACCUUCUUCCUGUUUCGUUUUCCCGGCAUUGGCACCGCUGGCCCGUUUCCUAAUACCUUCGGACGGCUCUGAUGCUGAGUAUUCCUUUCCAGCGUGCGCGCGACUAGCGCGUUUAGGUCGCGAAGAGGCAGCCGUUUGUGCUACAGGUGAAACAGGGUUCCGGCUACUCAAUCGUGGCUUUUUGGCAUCAUUUUGACUAAGUUCGUUGGGCGUAGCGGUCGCGACAACAGUCGUCGAUUGGCGCCGUUUUGGAGGCAUUGGUCUUCUCAGGAGGGAAUGGGGUGGAUGUGUUGGUUUGAUUCCCACCCUAUGAGGUAUGAGAAUUGAGCGGCAAUUGCUGAGAUAUCGAGAAUACUGUACAACGGAAAUAUGCAUAUAUCGAUCUAUAAUUUUCAUGCGAUGAAUCCGUGACAUGUAUAUAUAUGCUUUUGACCCUUUUGCGCGAGAGUUAGGGAAGAACGAAUGAGACUGAAAAUUGAACCGCCGUGGCGAUACCACGUGAAAGCGCGCCCAAGCUUGUUGUAUGGAGUAGUUAACUAGUUAAAUAUGCA